GUCUGAGGACAAGAGCCCUUACUAUAGCAGAACCUGGCGGCUGAGAACACAGGAUGUGGCUUUUGGCAGAUGAAGUGUGAACCAAGACGAGACCUUGGUCGACCUCAGACAUGGCUAGACGGUACUCACCCUUCUUGCGAUGAUGUGAGAUGAUAAAAUGCCUACAUGAUGAGAUGAAGUGAGAUGAAAAACAUAGGCCUUGUGAUGGAAUGGGAAAUUCCAGAGAUAAUUUGCACCUGCGCUAAGCUACGGCUACCACCGCAAGCAACCUUCCAAGUCCUUCGUGGCAAUGGUGCUUCCGUGGGGACCGUGCUCAUGUUCCGCUGCCCCUCCAACCACCAGAUGGUGGGGUCUGGGCUCCUCACCUGCACCUGGAAGGGGAGCAUCGCUGAGUGGUCUUCAGGGUCCCCAGUGUGCAAACUGGUGCCACCACACGAGACCUUUGGCUUCAAGGUGGCCGUGAUCGCCUCCAUUGUGAGCUGUGCCAUCAUCCUGCUCAUGUCCAUGGCCUUCCUCACCUGCUGCCUCCUCAAGUGCGUGAAGAAGAGUGAGCGGCGGCACUCCAACAGGUCAGCCCAGCUGUGGUCCCAGCUGAAAGAUGAGGACUUGGAGACGGUGCAGGCCGCAUACCUUGGCCUCAAGCACUUCAACAAACCCGUGAGCGGGCCCAGCCAGGCGCACGACAACCACAGCUUCACCACAGACCAUGGUGAGAGCACCACCAAGCUGGCCAGUGUGACCCGCAGCAUGGACAAGGACCCUGGGAUCCCCAGAGCUCUGAGUCUCAGUGGCUCCUCCAGCUCACCCCAAGCCCAGGUGAUGGUGCACAUGGCGAACCCCAGACAGCCCCUGCCUGCCUCUGGGCUGGCCACAGGAAUGCCACAACAGCCCGCAGCAUAUGCCCUAGGGUGACCACGCAGUGAGGCUGGUGCCCAUGCUCCACACUGGGAGGCCAGGCUGACCCCACCAGCCAGUCAGCUGCAACUCCACAUCAACUCCACAGGCGCCCAGCUCGAGACUGAUGAGUGGAAUCAGCUUCCAGGUGUAGGGACCCCUUGGGGGGCCGAGCUGACAUCCAAGGCUGAGGACCCCAGUGGGGAGUGUUCUGUUCUGACAUAUCCUGGCCGUAACAAUUUUUAUAGUUAUGGACUACUUGAAACCACUACUGAGGGUAAUUUACCAGCUGUGGCCUCCCACUAACUAGCAUUCCUUUAAAGAGACCGGGAAAUGUUUUAAGCAAAUCUAGUUUUGUAUAAUAAAAUAAGAAAAUAGCAAUAAACUUCUUUUCAGCAACUA